AUGAGGUGUUUGGCCACCAGAGGACGCCCAUUCCCUGUUAAAGCAAUUGCCGAAGAAGAAGCAGGCCUAUAACUACAGACGCCGUCGUCGUUGUGUAUGGGAUGUCCAUAAAAGAGGUCUCACAUUUCGGACAAAAACGACCACUUUAGGCUCCCAAGUGUGACAACUUGAAGGAGAAGCUUCCAUCUCAUAUUAUAUGAUGUCUGAAACGACUGGGUCGCAUAGUGAUGCGGGUGUGGUUCUCCCAAGGAUGCAGACGGCUUCGGACACAGCUUGCAGGAAGGGCCUGAUGUGAAGGGUCACCGAGCUCAGACACUUGUCUUCCUCUUUGCAGUAAUUAAGCACAUCUAAGGGAGAUUUUAGUGAGCCGUUGGACAGGCAGGCUUUAAGAGCAGAAUGAGGGAACCCUGGAGGUACCUGCUGUGCUUGUGCCUCCUGGCCUGCUCAGCCUCCUCACACAGCGCGAACAAUCCCUUUGCGGGGCAACAGACCCCUGUGGACCCUUGCUACGACGAUGCCGGUGCAGCCCGCCGCUGUAUCCCAGAGUUCAUCAACGCCGCCUUUGGAAAAGAGGUGGCAGUGUCCAGCAUGUGCGGCCGCCCACCGUCCCGCUCUUGUAGCGUGGUGGAGCGUGGUGAUGACCGGCCGUCCGUGCGCACGUGCCAGAUCUGCGACGCCGUCGACCCUCGCCGGUCCCAUCCGGCUUCCUACCUCACAGAUCUCAACUCUGCUCACAACCUGACUUACUGGCAAUCGGAGAACCUCAACACGUCACCAUACAAUGUGACUCUGACUCUUUCUCUUGGUAAAAAGUUUGAGAUCACCUAUGUAAGUUUACAGUUCUGCUCGCCAAGACCUGAAUCACUGGCCAUCUACAAGAGCAUGGACUAUGGCAAGACCUGGACGCCCUACCAAUUCUACUCGUCACAGUGUCGACGCGUGUACAAUCGACCCAACAAAGCAAGCAUUACAAAGCAGAAUGAACAGGAAGCGCUGUGUACUGACGGCCACACAGACCUCUACCCCCUCUCUGGAGGACUCAUAGCUUUCAGCACCUUGGAUGGACGACCGUCGGGCAAGGACUUUGACAACAGCCCGGUCCUUCAGGACUGGGUGACCGUCACUGACAUCCGCGUGGUCUUCAGCCGGCCCCAACAGUCGCGGGAGCUGGCGGCCGGAAGCAACAGCGGAGGAGGGAGGGACAACGACCCCAUGGCGGUGACCUCGACGCUGCCGACGUAUUUCUACGCGGUGGGCGACUUCCAGGUGGGCGGAAGGUGCAAGUGCAACGGCCACGGGUCACGGUGCCUGAAUGACAAGGAGGGCAAGCUGGUGUGCGACUGCAAGCACAACACAGAAGGACCCGAAUGCGACCGCUGUAAGCCCUUCCAUUACGACCGGCCAUGGCAGAGGGCGAGUGCCCGCGAGGCCAAUGAGUGUUUACCGUGUAACUGCAACCUGCACGCCCGCCGCUGUCGUUUCAACAUGGAGCUGUACAAGCUGUCGGGGAGGAAGAGCGGGGGCGUGUGCAUGAACUGCCGCCACAACACCGCGGGACGCCAUUGCCACUACUGCAAGGAGGGCUUCUACCGAGACAUGGCCCGACCCAUCUCUCACCGCAGGGCUUGCAAGGCUUGUGACUGUCACCCUGUGGGAGCAGCGGGUAAGACAUGUAACCAAACCACGGGCCAGUGCCCCUGCAAGGACGGCGUCACCGGCAUCACCUGCAAUCGCUGCGCCAAAGGCUACCAGCAGAGCCGCUCCCCCGUCGCCCCCUGCAUCAAGAUCCCCGUGGUCAACCCCACAGCUGUAGUGAGCAGCACAGAAGAACCAGCAGACUGUGAGUCGUACUGCAAACCAGUGAAGGGCAACCUGAAGAUCAACAUGAAGAAGUAUUGCAAAAAGGAUUAUGCGGUCCAAGUCAACGUGCUGGACAUGGAGACGGUCGGCGACUGGGCCAAGUUUUCGGUCAACGUCAUGUCUGUGUACAAGAGCCGCGGCGAGCCCCUGAAGCGCGGGGACAACAUCUUGUGGGUGCACAUGAAGGACCUGGCCUGCAAGUGUCCCAAGAUCCAGAUGAGCAAGCGCUUCCUGGUCAUGGGUGGCAGCGACGGCACGGGAGGAGCGGGGCCCGGAGUGGGGCCCGGCGGGGGCACCUCCAACUACGGGACGGAACGGGUGGGUCUCCUGGCCGAUAAGAACAGCUUGGUGAUCCAGUGGCGGGACGUUUGGACGAGACGACUGAGGAAGUUCCAGCGCAAGGAGAAGAAGGGGAAAUGCGGCAAAGCAUGAUGGGGCCCCCCCGACCCCGCCGCCUUUUGUUGUUUUUCCAUCACGGGACCGCCGCACAUUACCAAGACUGCAUGUACCCUACAGUACCUGUUUAAGGACCACAUUUUGUGUAUAUUGUAUAAUUAUUGUCCUUUUCUAUUUGUCUUUCCUGUCCUAUUGGUUUGCCUUGAAAAGGGACCAUUAAAAAGGGUACCAAGUGGAGACACAAGCAGACCUUGCCUUUGGAACCAUCCGCUCCGUUUACGACCCACCCAGUUCUUCAGAAAGGAUUUUGAGACGAACCAGAACUCCAGUCCUGACGGCGGGAUCUCCGCCAUUUUUUUUUUUUUUUUUUUUUUUUUUAUAAUCAGCCGGACCACUUGAGAAAUGUUUAUUUGCUGCUCAUUUUUUGUGACGGAGGAUUAGCAGGAACCUUUGACUCUCCUCUUGUCUCAGCUGGGAAUUUUCCACAACAAACUGCUGCUGCCUCCAUGCUGGACUCAUGCAAGCUCCUCUUCUUUCUCUCCUCCGGAUGAUUCCCCGUGUCAUGUCCUAGACGCAACUAAACAACCGGACUAUUUAGACUGGAAAGUUUUUCGGCGAGUGUUCUGUAUUAUGACAUGGCGGUAUCGCGUUUCAUCCCUCGUGUGCUUUCUGUUUGCAUGCUUGCGGUUAGCGCCGCAACCCUCAAGACGUAUCUCGCCCUCUCAUCCUUUGCCAAAUGACCAUAGUCGGGGGUUUCAAUGUGAUUAAGACGACUAUGGAAGUCAAGGCUCUCAAGAUAAACACGAAUUGGAGGGGUAGCCGGCGUCCAGAUAGCGAGCGCGCUGACAGCCACGUCAUGCGCGUUAGCAGCUGUUUGGCUGCGAGUUUGGUUUGUCCUUUCUCCAAGAGUGUCUCUCCCAAGCCAAGAACCCAGCCCCACGCCCCCUCAUGUUGUGUAUGGAGUGUUUUAGAUAUGUGACAGGUCUUUCAAGAAUGUAUGUCCAACUGUGAAGAACUCACUCAAAUGUGUGGAUCGUGUGAGUUAGCCCUAAGAAUGUCCAUGUCACGCCUCCAAAAAUAACCCUAACCAAAAUACGUUUGGAGCAACAACCGAUGCUUUGACAGCAUCUACUACUGUGGAACCUCCCAAGCCGAGGUGUUCUCUUUCCAAAUCAAUGUUUCCCAAUAGGACAUCAUGUAUAGUGCAUUGGAAAACUACAAAAAUAUAGUAAAAUGGACAGAAGACUGGCCAAUAAUGGAGAGGGAACUGGAAAUGGUCUGUUGCAAGUAGGGAUGGGUACAUCAUUUGGUACUUUAAUGAGUACUCGCCAAAUUUUGUAUCGAUUUAGAGCUGCAAGUAUGCCUGAUAGAAAACGCUUAAACGUACAGUGAGGCUACACUUUUCAAAAUGUGCUAGCUCAAUGCUAAUUAAUAUGGGAUUUGCUGUAGACAUGCUACGGAUUAGCAUUAGAGAUUUUACAUGGCAAUUUCUUUUUUUUCAUUAAAUUUUUGACAUCCAGCAUCAGACAGUCCUAUCCAUUACAUUAUAUUUACAUACAUCAUAUAUCUUUUGUCUGCCCUAAAUGUCAAAAUAUUUUUUUGUUUAUGUCCCAACGAUGACACCCCCCCCCAAAAGAAAGAAACAGCAAGAAAACAAAAUAUUUACAGAUAAAUCAAUUAAAUAAAGAAAAAAUAAUAAUAAUAAUAAUAGUAGUAAUAAUAAAUUAAUAAUAAUAAUAAUCACAAAUAAAAUAAAAGAAUAUAAGCAGAUAAUAAAUAAUAUAUAUAUUUUUUUAAAGGGACAAAUUAGUACUGGCCGAAUUUUGUUGGUACUACCGUGUAUCGAUUUAAAGCUGCAAGUAUGCCUGAUAGAAAACGCUUAAACGUACAAUGAGGCAAAACUUUUCAAAAUGUGCUAGCUCAAUGCUAAUUAAUAUGGGAUUUGCUGUAGACAUGCUACAGAUUAGCAUUAGCAAUUUUACAUGGCGAUUUCUUUUUUUUUUCAUUUAAUUUUUGACAUCCAGCAUCAGACAUUCCUAUCCAUUACAUCAUAUUUACAUACAUCAUACAUAUGUUGUCUGCUCUAAAUGUCAAAAUAUUUUUUUGUUUAUAUCCCAAUGAUGCCAACCCCCACCCCCAAAAGAAAGAAACAGCAAGAAAACAAAAUAUUUACAGAUAAAUCAAUUAAAUAAAUAAAAAAUAAAUAACAAUAAUAGUAAUAAUAAAUUAACAAUAAUAAUAAUCAGAAAUAAAAUAA